GACGCAGUGUGGCGCCUGCUUUGCUAAACUGAUCUAUGCUAACUGAGCGCCUUUGUUGUGAUUAACCGUUCAGCGGCUGUUUUUCUGCUGUAAUCACUCAUACAGACAAAGUUGCUGCUGUGAUAAUUUAGAGGAUGAGUGGCGGAGUGUAUGGAGGCGAUGAGGUGGGAGCUUUGGUGUUCGACAUUGGCUCUUAUUCUGUGAGAGCUGGCUACGCAGGAGAAGACUGUCCCAAGGCGGACUUCCCCACGGUGAUAGGUGUGACCCUCGACCGAGAAGAUGGCAGCACGCCCAUGGAGACGGAUGGUGACAAGGGCAAGCAGAGUGGCACCACCUACUACAUUGAUACCAACCAGCUGAGGGUACCCAGAGAGAACAUGGAGGUCAUGUCUCCCCUCAAGAAUGGCAUGAUUGAAGACUGGGACAGUUUCCAGGCCAUUUUGGAUCACACCUACAAGAUGCACUUCAAGUCUGAACCCAGUCUGCAUCCAGUGCUCAUGUCAGAAGCAUCAUGGAACACAAGAGCGAAACGAGAGAAAUUAACAGAGCUGAUGUUUGAGCAUUACAACAUUCCUGCCUUCUUCCUCUGCAAAUCAGCUGUGCUGUCUGCCUUUGCAAAUGGGCGGUCUACAGGCUUGGUCCUGGACAGCGGAGCCACACACACCACAGCCAUUCCAGUACAUGAUGGCUACGUCCUGCAGCAAGGCAUCGUCAAGUCGCCCCUGGCCGGAGACUUCAUGAGCAUGCAGUGUAGGGAGCUGUUCCAAGAGUUAAAUGUUGAAAUAAUCCCUCCUUAUAUGAUUGCAUCGAAGGACGGAGUGCGGGAGGGAGCCCAAGCCAGCUGGAAGAAAAAGGAGAAACUACCUCAAGUCACCCGCUCAUGGCACAACUACAUGUGUAAUUGUGUGAUCCAGGACUUCCAGGCAUCUGUGCUGCAGGUGUCAGACUCUCCAUAUGAUGAACAGGUGGCUGCACAGAUGCCCACAGUGCACUAUGAGCUGCCCAACGGCUACAACUGUGACUUUGGGGCAGAGAGACUGAAGAUCCCUGAGGGGUUGUUUGACCCCUCUAAUGCCAAGGGCCUGUCUGGAAACACCAUGUUAGGAGUUGGCCAUGUGGUGACGACCAGCGUGGGAAUGUGUGACAUCGACAUCCGGCCGGGUUUGUAUGGCAGUGUGGUGGUGACUGGAGGAAACACGCUCAUUCAGGGCUUCACCGACCGACUGAACAGAGAACUCUCCCAGAAAACCCCUCCGAGCAUGAGGCUGAAGCUGAUAGCGAACAACACUACAGUGGAGCGCCGGUUCAGUGCCUGGAUAGGAGGCUCCAUCCUGGCGUCACUCGGAACUUUCCAGCAGAUGUGGAUCUCCAAACAGGAGUACGAGGAGGGAGGAAAGCAGUGUGUGGACAGGAAGUGCCCUUGAUUUGAUACCAAACCUUUCUCCCUCGUCACUGUCUUCACCUCAAGCUUCACCUCUGACCCCAGACUCAGGAACACCUAUGGAAAAUCGCUUGUUUUGUAUUUGUUUUUAAUACCGAGUUUGUCCAUAUGCCUGUCUGGGAUUUAUUAUAGAAAUCAGACAUAAACUUCUACAACAUAAACUGUGUCACUAUGAAGAAAUCGAUUUAAGUUCCAUUGUUUAUGUCAUAACAGUUGGUCUGUUGCCUUAUGUUUAGAUAGUUUUGUGGAAACCUUGCAACUUAAGAAAGUCAGUUUUUUUUUUAAUAAGCAUGUACUGUAGGUCCUGAGGUCAAAUCACACUGGGGAAAACACACCAUAAUAAACACAAAAUUUGUUGUGCAAGGUUUCUACAGAACACUGACAUGGUAAACAUUGUGUUUUUAGAGGAACAUACUUACAGUUUGAGGUGAAUGUCUUUUGUUAAUAAGCCUUUUUUUCUGUGUAGUAAGUAAACUCAUCAUAGGCCAGUCAGUUUGUGCCUGUGCUUAUCAGUGUGAGAGUGUCAACUCAAAUAAAUCUGUAUUUAAUUUUCA